AUGGGGCUCUUAACACUUCGCACCCUCUCGCUGGCAAUGUGUGUGCUGUACUCGUGCUCUGUGGACCUGUCUCUUUCCAUUCCCUGGGGCAAUAGCGACAGCAAUGAGAACUCGCUCGCUGCAAUCCUUCAAAAUGCAGGGCGUAGUCUGACAUCGAAAGAAGAACCAGAGGCACCGGCAGCGCCCACCGCGGAUAUAUUUUCCCUGGGGGCAUGGCUAUCGACGCCAUUCGCUGUAUCCAGUCAGCUUCCCAAUGCCAAUAUUGCUCCAGAAUUAGGCGGCAGCUCUGACAUGCGGAGACUGAGGCAUGGGAUAUCUAUGGACUGGCUGAGUGCUGACGGCCAUCCGCAGUGGUUCCCGCCAGUUGUUAUCCCCUCCGUCGCCAGUGGCUCCACAGUACAGCAGCAGCGGCAGCAGCCACAGCAAGAGCCGCAGCAAAACCUGCUGAAUGAGUUGGCAGCUCUCGGGAAGGCCUUGCAAUCCCUCAAGUCCCCUUGGGAAUAUGCUGCAUCAGCUCCUCUCGCCGUUGCUGCCGCCGAGCUUCAUGCAGCCGCGAACGAGCAAUUGCAACAGCUAGACGCUGAUGAAGAAGAUGCAACAAGCGAGUCGGCAGAGUUCGACGAUACCCCAAGAAAAGCAGUGAGGCCGUCCACGCCAACCAUAGUGUGGAACCCGUACACUGCAGGUGAUUCGGCAGCAGCAGGGGGCAGGAGCAGGCGAGAUUCCCGUGAUACUACCAGCACCACCACUGAGGUUGCCAGUGGACCAGAGGAGAGAGAAGAACAGUCCCGCCAACAAGACGGGGAGGGCAGAGAAAACUCUUCUUUUCAGCACCAUGAAAUGCAGUUCUCGCAUGAGAAGCGACUGCAGCAAAGCCAGGUGUUACUGCUACAGCACCAGCAGCAGCAACUGCAGCAGGAGGCGGAGGCAGCAGCCAUGGCACGGCUCAAAAACCUCCUACGGAGUAAUACCUAUGCGGAUCUGCGUGCGGCUUUGGGUUCCUCUGGGCCUCCAGUGUCACUACGGGAGGCCCUGGCGUUUAAAGAGCUUGGAGAAAAGCUGAAGCGGCGAGGUUGGGGUGCAAAAGAGAUCCUUAUGGCAGCACAGAGGGCCAACAGCUCCACUCAGGCGUUCUAUCUUGUGGCCAAAGAGGUGGGACUCACCCAAAACUCAAUCGAUGCCCUCGCACACAGGAUGCCACUCUUGAUGGGGUAG